AUGCCUACAAUCGGGACAGACAUUCUCGAGUGGCCGGGGAACGAGUUGAGAGGACCCCCCAGACCGCCCCCUGUGGUGCCGUGGCUUCAAUGGAAGACCGCCAGAACAGCCAAACACUCAUCGGAGCCCAGAUUGGAUCACAUCAACGCAGCCAACCCGACAAGUGGCUCCGGCUCGGAUGACAGCGCAGCAGAGACAGAUCAGCAAAGGGUUGCAAACAGAGACAGGGGUGGAGGAGUGAGGAAGCGGCUGCGACCGGGGCCGGUGCCAAAGCUUGAGGCCAUGACUCUGCAAAGCUUCCAGGAGGGCGGCUACUUUGACAUGCAGAUCCAGGAGGCGACCGCGCGGUUGGGCGUAGGGCGGACAGUGCUGACUAGGCGGGUGAGACAGCUGGGCAUAUCGCGGUGGCCCUACCGCAGGCGAGCCUCCAUGCGCAAACUCAUUGCCAAGACCCACCACUACUUGGACCAAGGUGAGGCAAGGCGGCAGAGGCAGCAGCCACCAACGCGCAGCAUAGUCGACCUGCUGCACCAGGAAAUGGAUCCCUGCAAGGGCGCGAGAGAUGCUGUGCUGUGGGAUGCGAUAUGGAGGUAUCGGCAGUGCUUCUUCAAGCAGGAGCACCUUGCUAAGAAGGCAAAGCCCUGCAAGCAGGGCAAUAGCACUGGCUGA